CGAUUACGUUUUGAAGAUCAGAAAAACAACACAUAGAGAUGAGUGUAAAGGAGGGAGGAACAUCAUCGGGAGGCACAUCUCGUGCUGGAGCUUCGUCAGUGUCACGUGCUGGUAUCACUCACUGGUUUACCUCAGAGAUUCAACAGAUGAUGCAUGGGUUUGGUGACUGUAGGAAACCUCUCAAUGACACAGCUCUUCUUGUAGAAGAAAUUGUACACCAACAGGUGUCAGCACUGCUGUAUCAGGCGUGUGAUGUGGCGACCUUGAGGAGUGCUAGGUUUAUUGGGAUGGAGGAUCUUCUGUUCCUGCUCAGGAAAGACAAGGUAAAGCUAGCUCGUUUACUGCGAUAUCUGGACCUGAAGGACAUGAAGGCAACAGUACUAAAGGGUGGUGGUUUGGAGGAGGAGGAUGGCACUGAAUCUGGUGACAAAGUCAUUCAGCCAAUGAAAAAACGAAGAAAAAUUUGUUAUGACUUCCUAUCAUCAAUCGAUCAAUCAGGAGAGCUAGUGGCGUUGUUUGAUGAUGAUAAGGUGGAUGACAUCAAACAUGAUCGCUUAGUGAGAGCAGAAUUGCAGUCAAGAGGUAUGGAUCAGAAACAUUACAUGGAGUUUUGUGAGGCGAGACAAAUCAACUUCAGUAGAAAGUACAAGUCCCAGAGAUUUAAAGACUGGCUGAUGGCUGGUGUGAACAUUGACAUCAAACCUAACCUGCCAGCCCUUGAGAUACUCUCCUACUUCUCCUAUGAAACAGUUGCACAGGUAGUGGACCUGGCAUUGCUAGUGAAGCAGGAUAUACGAUCAGCCUCAAGUGACCCCCUGGCUAAAAACACUCCCAGUGUUUGUAUCAACUACCAUGAUCAUUCCCCUUCUAGCAGUGGAAGUGUUCUAGGACGACCUGGUCACCACCCAGGGAUCACUUCUCCAACAGGGAGUCCUCCUACCACCCCAUCAACUCCAGGUUCUACACCAGGUGGAUUGGGCUCAUCUUCAGGGCUUGGGUCAUCAGGCAGUGGAAUGUCCCACAAAUCUAAAUCAAAGAAGCGCAGAAAGAGUGGACAUGGUCAAAAUUUAGAGGUUUCUUCAUCGCAGGCCAUCCUGCCCAGUGAUGUACAGGAAGCUAUGAGAAGGUUUGGACAUUGUAUAGGACCAUUUGCCUCCUGUACGAAAGUCAACAAUUUGGUGUCACCGAAGAUGAGAUUACUGUGUUGCUGAAUAUUCAAUGGCAAAUCUACAGAGGAACUUUUUCUUUGUGUGUACCUGGAUGUCCUUGGACUGAUGUUGUGGUCUUCAGACCUGUAGACUAUUACCAUAGGACAUUAGGGGUGUGGGACCAAAGUUAUUGUGGGACUGAUGUCAUGUGACAUUGGGAGUGUGGGACCAAGGUCAUUGUGGGACUGAUGCCAUGGGACAUUUGGAGUGUUAACCAAAGUCAUUGUUGGACUGAUGUCAUGUGACAUUGGGAGUGUGGGACCAAAGUUAUUGUGGGACUGAUGUCAUGUGACAUUGGAAGUGUGGGACCAAAGUCAUUGUGGGACUGAUGUCAUGAGACAUAAGGGGUGUGGGACCAAAGUCAUUGUGGAUCUGAUGUCAUGUGACAUUGGAAGUGUGGAACCAAAGUCAUUGUUGGACUGAUGUCAUGAGACAUUAGGGGUGUGGGACCAAAGUCAUUAUAGGACUGAUGUCAUGUGACAUGGGGAGUGUGGGACCUGCUGUCAGUGGACAGUGGUUGUUUGGGACCUGCUGACAGUGGACAACUUGCCAUUAUAAUUGUUAAACAAGUCUGCAGUCAUCAGACAACUUGCUGUUAUAAUUGUUAAACAAGUCUGCAGUCAUCAGAAAACUUGCUAUGAUAAUUGUUAAACAAGUCUGCAGUCAUCAGACAACUUGCUGUUAUAAUUGUUAAACAAGUCUGCAGUCAUCAGAAAACUUGCUAUGAUAAUUGUUAAACAAGUCUGCAGUCAUCAGACAACUUGCUGUUAUAAUUGUUAAACAAGUCUGCAGUCAUCAGAAAACUUGCUGUUAUAAUUGUUAAACGAGCCUGGAGUCAUCAGACAACUUCCUGUUAUAUUUGUUAAGCGAGCCUGUGGUCAUCAGACAACUUCCUGUUAUAUUUGUUAAGCGAGCCUGUGGUCAUCAGACAACUUGCUGUUAUAUUUGUUUAACGAGCCUGGAGUCAUCAGACAACUUGCUGUUAUAAUUGUUAAACGAGCCUGUGGUCAUCAGACAACUUGCUGUUAUAAUUGUUAAACGAGCCUGUGGUCAUCAGACAACUUGCUGUUAUAAUUGUUAAUCUAGUCUGUGGUCAUCAGACAAUUUGCUAUGACAAUUUUUAAACAAGCCUGUGGUCAUCAGACAACAUGCUGUUAUAAUUGUUAAACGAGUCUGUGGUCAUCAGAAAACUUGCUAUGAUAUUUGUUUAACGAGCCUGUGGUCAUCAGACAACUUGCUAUUAUAAUUGUUAAACAAGCCUGCAGUCAUCAGACAACUUGCUGUUAUAAUUGUUAUACAAUAAAGG